CACACACACACACACACACAUACACAUACACACACACACACUCCAGCCACCCUGAGACGCACACCCUUCACAGUGCUGGGAAAUGCCAUGGAACUGGGAAAUGCCAUGGAGCUUACUAAAUUUGUCUUCAAUCCGAAGGAAGGGAUAGACAAUCCAACCAUGGUCAUCAUUGAAGACGGAGAGAGGCCGUCUGGCCCCUCGCCCCGGCUGUGUGUCCUGAAGAAGGAGGACGGGGAGAAUUUUGGCUUCCAUCUACGUGUGGAACGAGGGUUGUGUGGUCAUGUGGUCAGGCAUGUGGACCCAUGGGGUGUGGCUGAGAAGGCUGGCCUUAGGGAUGGGGAUUGUGUCCUGGAAGUCAAUGAGCUGUUCGUGGCAGACCUCGGACAUGUGGAGGUGGCCCGAAGGAUCCAGGAGAGUGGAUCUCAGCUGUGUAUGCUGGUGCUGGACGGGGAGGAGUAUGAGCAGGCAGUGGCUCAGAGUCAAAACUUGAAGGAGCUGGCCAGUGCCCAGCGGGGAGGGGACUGGAGCCCCCCUCGACUCUGCCACAUUACCAGAGACCAUGUUACUGGCCUGGGAUUUAGCAUCUUGCCUGUGGAAGGUGAGAAAGGCAAGUUCACCAUAAGUCCAGUAUCUGGGGGUCCAGCAGAAAAGGCUGGAGUUAGAAAAGGUGACCGGCUGAUCUGGAUUGAUGGUGCCUUGGCCUGUGAACUCACACAUACUGCUAUUAGCAAGAUGGUGAAAAAAUGCAGUGAUGACAUGACAGUGCUGGUAAUAGACAGCAAGGGAGAGAUGAGUUACACCCGCAGGCGGAUGCCCAUUCUGCCCGCUUUGGCCGAUGCCCAGAGCAUGCCAUACAGGCCAAAGAGGCUUCAUUUGGAGCGGGCGCCCAAUGGCUAUGGCUUCUUGCUUAGACAUGAAAGAACCCCAGCAGGACACAAAGUUCACAUGCUGCGGGAGGUGGAUGCAGGGAGUCCUGCAGAGCUGGCAGGUGUUAAGGAUGGAGAGCUCCUGCUGGAGGUGAACGGGGAGUCCACGGAUGGCCUAAUUCACGAGGAAGUGGUCAGCAGAUUCAGACUGAGUGGACAAAAGGUCACCAUCACCACUAUGGCCCUCAAUGGCCAAGAAUUCUAUACUAAGCUGGGUCUGUCUCCCUUGCUCUUCACUGAGGAUCACUGCUCUACUAAAAAGCAGACAGAACAGCCUGCUUCUCCAGAGCCGAGUGCAGCAGUGAUGAAGCUGGCGGCGCCCCUGGCUAAAGCCCAGGAGGACCCUCAAACCCAGGUUCAGCCCAGUAUCAGACUGUGUGUGCUACAGAGAGGAGCUGUGGGCUUCGGUUUCCAUUUGGGCUAUGUCCAACAGAAACCUGGCACCUUCAUCAACCAGGUGGCACCAGGUGGUCCAGGAGGGAGAUCCGGCCUCCUGCAGGGUGAUGUGGUGGUGGAGGUGAAUGGACAGAAUGUAGAAGAGGAGUGUUUGGAGGACGUGAUCUUGCUCAUGAAGAUGGGAGGGAACACUCUGUCCUUGCUGGUGGUGGACAGACCAGGGUAUGAGUGGAUGAAGCAGAACAGAGAGCCUAUCUCUGCUGAAAAAGCUGUGAAAGCCUCUGAGGUAAAGGAGGAUGUGAACCCCUCUCACACAAAGCCUCCAUUCUAAUCCCUGAGACAAACACAAGUCACUUCCUGAGGAUUUCAGAAAUCAAUUGGGCUCCAUGGGAGAACUGUGCUGAGAAAGCGUCUAACUUUGCUGGAACAGACUGUGACCAGACAGGGGAUUGAGAUGAGUCCCUUAACAAUGCUGCAGCAAUAAAACUCUUCUGUUGUUUUAAGAAAGAGCAAAUCUGUGAUACUCACCAAUUCUUUUCCAGCAGCUCUGAGGUGUUCAUCUAUCUGUUCAUGCUUGUGUACAGUGUAUACAUUGGAAACAAUGAUGUACUAAGAAAGAUGGGAGAUCAUGAGGAUAAGCAAUGGCUUAUUGCCCAUAUAAUAAGGCAAUAAAAGUGAAGCAAUAUUUAAGUGUGUGAUUUGCUAUGUUAAAUCAACUUUAGAUCGAUCUUUAAUAAAAAUGUUGUGACUGUUAUUCUGCAA